AUGGGCUGCUGCCAAAACAAGGACUUUCAGAUCUCCGAUGAGCCGGCCAAGGAGGCCGAGUCGGAGGAAGGCGAAGGUGGGACCCAAGACACACCAACGGGCCCGGGGAGCAGGAGAAGGGGCUGCCCCGACCGGGACCGCCCAGGAGGUUGGACCGGGGAGGGUAGAGCAGAGCUCAGUGGCCUCGUCAUCCCCGCAGGCUUCGAAAGGGUCGAUGAGGAGCCGCAGAACCGCGGGAAUCGCAGGUCGAAUGAAAGCCUUUUGAUCACCGUGCUGUGGCGGCGGCUAUCCCUGUUCGGCCGUCGGGGGUCAAACAAGAGGCAAUCAGCCCAGAAUCAAAAGCAGGGGUUACGGGAGAGGACCCGGGAGGGGAUCCUGGAGGAGCCGGAGAAGGGGUGA